AUGCGAGUUAAUCCUAAUUCAAUUUCCAAUUUUUGUACAGUUUUUAAACAUAUAGAAGAAAUAGCUGGUAUAAAUUAUUAUGCAAAAGAAAAUGAAAAAGAAGUUUCCAUGGUAAUAUUAAUUCCAGAAUCGCUCCACGAGGAAGUGAACAUGCUAAAAGCCUUUGCUGAACUGAAUUAUUUUGUAUUAUUACAAGCAAUUAUUAAUUUUCGUACAGGCAGACCUUUAUUAAAAAUAGUAGCCAGAAGAAUGUUUGCUCCUAUUUGGUCCGCACGACGACAUCCUAUUUAUAGAUUAAUAGAAAUUACUGAUGAGGAAAUAUUAUAA